AAAAAUACUGUUUUAAAGCACUUAACAUUUCGUAUUUACCCGGGAGAAAAGAUAGGUAUUGUCGGCAGAACAGGAGCAGGAAUUUAGGAUCCAAUGUUAUUUACCGGUCCUCUUCGAAGAAACAUCGAUCCUUUCAAUGAAUAUUCGGAAGAAAAUCUGUGGCAAGCCAUUGAAGAGGUGCAAUUAAAAGAAGUAAUUAGUAAAUUACCUGGCGGAUUGGAUACACAUUUAUCAGAAGGAGGACGAAAUUUCAGCGUUGGGGAAAGACAGUUAAUUUGCCUUGCCAGGACUAUUCUUCGUCAGAAUAAAAUUCUUGUCAUGGACGAAGCAACAUCGAAUAUUGAUAAGAGCACUGAUUCCUGCAUACAAAAAAUAAUUCGAGAGAAAUUCAAAUCUUGUACAGUGUUGACAAUAGCCCAUAGAUUACAUACAAUUAUUGAUUCCGAUAAAGUUCUGGUUCUAGAUACAGGGAAAUUACAAGAAUUUGACACACCAUAUGCACUACUGACAAAUGUUAAUGGAACUUUUUACAAUUUGGUGAAGAACACAGGAAUAACUUCCAUGAACGAGCUAUACAAAGUUGCUAAAAAUAAAUAUUAUUUUAAAGAAUUCACCGAAAGUACAAAACUAUAAAACAGUGAAUCUUCUUUGAAGAUCAACCGUUUUAUAAUUUUCACGUGCAAGGGCGUAGCCAGGAUUUUCUCCAGAGGGACAAAAAUAAGAUAACGUUGUUUAUUAAAAAAUAAUUUUAUUUGAACAUUUCAAAACGCUAAAAGUAAUUAGUUGUAAUGCUGUUCGAACCUAUCAAAUUUUAUUUCAGCACUAGCCUACGGGAUUUGUGGCUAAAUCUUGUCAACAUUUUUUUUUCUCAAAUUUAUUUUUAGUUUUCAGAGCCCUCUUCUCAUGCACACUCAUCACACAAAGACCGACAAGCAGCCGAUUUUCUGUCAUUGUUGAC